AUGCCUGUGAUGCUUAGGUCUCUGUGCCACUUUACCACUCCUGUGCCCCACCUCGCUGUUUAUUCUGGCAUGACUGACCCCCCCUCCGCCAACGCCUCGCCCUCUCUUCCCUUUUUGGCCCACACCCCAGCCUGUCCGUCCCCCAUCAGCGUGGCCUUAGACAGCACCUCUGCCUCUGAGCGGCGAGCGGAAGCCAGUGAGGGGGAAAGUGAAGGGAACCCUGAGGCCCGAGCAUCUGCAGGAGGGAACGUGUCCAAGUCUCGCAUGGCUCUAUCCCUGCGUCGUCUACUCAAGCGUGGCUGCACUCCCUCCUCUAUGUUUGCCAGCUUGUCACCUAAAUGUAAUCCAGCUGCCGGGACAAGCAGCCGCAUACAGCCAAUCAGCCCAGAUGAACCUAGUCAGGCUCCGCCCAGACGGAUUGGCAACUUUUUUCAGAUCAAAGUGGAUAUUCCUCCGGAGUGCCGCAUCUACCCCAUUGAGUCUGAGGAUGAGGAUGAGGAGAACAGAGCUGUCUCUCGGGAAAGAGUGGGAACCAAAGAGAUCAUCUGCCCUUGGGAGAGCCUCACUCCACAGAAUGGGACAGGCUAAUACACUGGAAUUACACAGGUAUAAAAUGGUGGGACCAGACCAUAAUGUAUAACAUAAAUUCAAUCAACAAGAGGACAGACUGACAGUACUCUUUCUGGGAUACUCUAAAAAUGGCUGUCUAGAAUGGACCAAACAUUAACUUGCUGAACCUGCCUGCCUGUUGGCUUGAAAUGCCCCAUUGUCACACAUGUUGCAGCAUAAUCCUAACUUCACUGUCCAUGCUCAGAACUUUCAAAACAUUUUGUUUUCAACAAUAUGGC